UUAGGCAAACGAGUGACUGGAUUAUUUGUGACCGAAUUCUUUCAUUGUAAAUAUCCCAACCUUCACCCACAAGCUUUUGAAAAGACGAUUAGCGCGUACAUUGCCAACAAGACGUUUGCACAGAUCGCAACCGAAUUAGGCAUGCAGCACUCUAUCAAGUGGACACGUACAGAAAAGCUAGGUCAGAGUACCGUCUUGGCCGACUGCUUACACGCUGUGAUUGGAGCCGUGUUUGAACAAGGCGGUGAGGAUGCAGCCAAGAAGUUUGUACAUGACUUUAUUUUGGCACGCGAGAUGGAUAUUCGACCUUUGAUCAAGAUGGACGAACCCAAGCGUCAGUUGAGUGCCUUGUUGAGACAACUGGGUAAACCAAAGGCAGAGUCAAGGCUGUUGUCAGAAACAGGUCGACAUUCAUCUGCACCCGUCUUUGUCGUCGGUGUGUUUUCUGAAACAGAAAAGUUGGGUGAAGGCUUUGGUAGUUCGAUCAAGAUGGCCGAGUUUAGAGCUUGUCAAGAUGCUUUAAUAAAUCAUUAUGGCAAAGAACAAAAAGAAUUCACGUUGCCUUCAGAU